AAUCAAUGUGUUACGUUAUUAUCUCAAGAGGUAAGCUAUAAAAGGGGCAAAAGGCUUUUUCUUAAAGCUAUUGUUUGAACCGACUGGAUAAAUCAACGACAACAUGUCUGCAAAUAUAAUUAGUCUGUUACUUGUUGUAUUGACUGCCGAAUUGGCACUAUCUGGGCUGGUGGCACGGCUUGAUAACGGCAAUGUUCGAAUUGUACCCGUAGGAGCGAAUGGAUACAAUCUGAGAGUUCAACAUUCAGAUGGCUCUGUGCUUGAGGAGGUUGUGAACAAAAACGGACCCGGAGUAUAUCAACUGACGGGAAAACUAAACCAGCCGAAUUUCGCACCUGCUGGCAACCUGAUUGUCAGCUAUAAUCGGCAGCCACAAGUGCAAAGUCGAUAUGUGGUAAUUCCGGGUGAAGAAAAGACUCUGAUUGGCUUUGGUCCCUUAGGCCAACAGUUACCACCAAUGCAACAGUUGCCACAAUUGCAACAAUUUCCUCAAAUCCAACAGUUACCCCAAAUCCAACAGUUACCCCAAAUCCAACAGCUACCAACAAUCCAAACCCAAUAUAUGUAUUACCCUGAAGUACAGCCAAGUUUGUUUGCCCGUGGACCACAACCAGAUAAUCCCGAUAAUGCGAGUUCGGGUUUGAAUGAUUUAAACGAAAAUGCUGAUGAUGAUCCUCUAAAUGAUUUUGAUCUUCCUGCUCAAUAAUUUCAUUAAACAUGUUUGUAAACAAAGAUUUUUGGUCAAUAAACAAUGAAUUAUUUUGAUACUUAA